ACUCGGAAAACUUGAACUGGGUUUGACUCGGCAACUAGGCCGCAGUCCAUUUUGUCCCCCCAACCCCGCUAGAGCCUCCCACCGUGAAAUCUCAAUCACACAGAAAACACAAAAAUACAGAGCAAAAGCAGAGACUCCCCAAACCAAGAUUAAAAACGUGCUCAAACCCUCAGGUCCAUUAUUUUCAUCAUCAACACCUUUUCCUCCUUUUUCUAUAAAUACCCCAAACAACACCAAGCUCCUCACCACAACCCCCUCUUCUGUUCCUCCUGUGGCUACCAUUUCUCUCUUCUCUAGCUAGCUUCUUCACGCCAACAACACUCAUAAUCAGUAGAGAGAGAAAGAAUCAAGAUGGCAGUGGCUAAAGAAUUUUUGGGUUCGUCCAUGGUGGAGAGAUCUUCAUUUGUACCUUCAUCCAAAGUGCUCUUCGGUCAUCAUUUUGGGCAGAGGCAGAGCCAGUUCUGUGCCGCCCCUGUGUUGGUGCCUUUGGAGAGGAGGAGGUUGCAGUUGAAGAAGGUGGUGAGGGCGCCGGUUGCGGCUGUGAGUGAGGAUUUGGUAAAACCCGUGCUACCUGCAGACGAGGCUGUGAAAUUCAAGGUUAGGGCCGUGCUGACAGUGAGGAAUAAGAACAAGGAGGACUUCAAGGAGACAAUUGUGAAGCACUUGGAUGCUCUUGCUGAUAAGAUUGGGAGGAAUGUUGUUCUGGAGCUCAUUAGCACCGAAAUCGACCCAAAAACAAAAGGGCCAAAGAAAAGCAACGAAGCAGUGCUGAAGGACUGGUCUAAAAAGACGAAUUCACGAACGGAUCGAGUGAAUUACACGGCGGAGUUCGAGGUGCAGUCGAAUUUCGGAAUGCCGGGAGCGAUCACGGUGACGAACAAGCACCAGAAGGAGUUCUUCCUGGAGAGCAUAACCCUUGAAGGCUUUGCCUGUGGUCCAGUCCACUUCCCCUGCAACUCCUGGGUGCAAUCCAAGAAAGAUCAUCCUGGGAAGAGGAUCUUCUUCACCAAUAAGCCGUAUCUGCCAUCGGAGACGCCGGCUGGGCUCAGAGCUUUGAGAGAGCAAGAGUUGAAAAUCUUGAGGGGCGAUGGAAAGGGGGAGAGAAAAUUAGCGGACAGGAUUUACGACUUCGACGUGUACAAUGAUCUGGGAAACCCCGACAGAGGAAUCGAGUUUGCUCGGCCGACGCUCGGAGGUGAAAGCAUCCCGUAUCCCAGGAGAUGUCGCACCGGCCGUUCUCCGGCUGACACUGAUAUGAAUGCAGAGAGUCGUGUGGAGAAGCCACUGCCGAUGUACGUGCCGAGAGACGAACAGUUUGAGGAGUCGAAGCAGGACACGUUCUCCGCCGGGAGACUCAAAGCGGUGCUUCAUAACUUAAUACCAUCCUUAAUGGCCAGCAUCUCCGUACACAACCAUGACUUCAAGUUGUUCUCCGACGUUGACAGUCUCUACAAAGAAGGGCUCCUCCUAAAGCUAGGGCUGGAGGAUGAUGUCCUCAAGAAGCUCCCGCUGCCGUCCUUCGUCAGCAAAAUCCAAGAGUCCAACCAAGGCAACCUUCUCCGUUACGACACCCCCAAGAUAAUUUCCAAGGACAAGUUUGCGUGGUUGCGGGACGAUGAGUUCGGUCGGCAGGCGAUUGCAGGGAUCAACCCGGUGAGUAUUCAGAGACUGAAGGAGUUUCCCCCUGUAAGCCAGCUCGAUCCUGAAGUGUAUGGUCCCCAGGAGUCGGCACUCAAAGACGAGCACAUCGCGGGUAAUCUCAACGGCAUGUCAGUUCAGCAGGCGAUUGAGAAAAAUAAGCUUUUUAUCGUGGACUACCAUGACAUCUACCUCCCAUUUCUGGAUGGCAUAAAUGCUCAAGACGGCCGCAAAGCAUACGCAACACGAACCAUCUUUUUCCUCACCGAACUCGGCACUCUCAAGCCCGUAGCCAUCGAGCUCAGCCUCCCCUACGCUGGACCCAAUUCCCGCUCCAACCGCGUUGUCACUCCCCCAGCCGAUGCCACGUCCAACUGGGUCUGGCAGCUCGCCAAAGCCCACGUCUGCUCCAACGACGCCGGCGUUCACCAACUCGUCCACCACUGGUUGCGGACGCAUGCUUGUUUGGAGCCGUUCAUACUGGCAGCGCACAGGCAGCUUAGUGCGAUGCACCCCAUAUAUAAGCUGCUGGACCCGCACAUGCGGUACACCCUGGAGAUCAACGGCCUGGCACGCCAGAGCCUCAUCUGCGCUGACGGCAUAAUCGAGUCCUGCUUCACUCCUGGUCGCUACUGCAUGGAGCUCAGCGCUGCCGCCUACCGCAACUGGCGCUUCGACUUAGAAGGCCUUCCUUCCGAUCUCAUUCGCAGGGGAAUGGCGGUACCGGACCCAACGCAACCACAUGGGCUAAAAUUAGUACUAGAGGACUACCCAUACGCCACCGACGGGCUGCUUAUCUGGGAUGCCAUCCAAAACUGGGUUCGCACUUACGUGAACCACUACUACCCCAACUCUGGUGUCAUCCGCAACGACAGGGAGCUCCAAGCGUGGUACGCCGAGUCCGUCAACGUGGGCCAUGCCGACGUCCGCCACGCCACCUGGUGGCCCUCCCUCACCACCGCUUCUGACCUGACCUCCAUCCUCACCACCAUCAUUUGGCUGGCGUCGGCGCAGCACGCCGCCCUCAACUUCGGCCAGUACGCCUACGGAGGGUACGUCCCGAACCGCCCGCCCCUCAUGCGCCGCCUCAUCCCCGAAGAAACCGACCCCGAGUACGUGAACUUUCUGUCAGAUCCACAAAAGUACUUCCUCUCCGCAAUGCCGAGUUUGCUACAGGCGACCAAGUUCAUGGCGGUGGUGGACACGCUGUCCACCCACUCGCCGGACGAGGAGUACCUGGGGGAGCGGCAACAGCCGUCGAUCUGGUCCGGCGACGCCGAGGUGGUGGAGGCGUUUUAUGGGUUCUCCGCGGAGAUUGGACGGAUAGACAGGGAAAUCGAGAGGAGGAAUACUGAUCUGAAGCUUAGGAACAGGUGCGGGGCGGGGGUGUUGGGGUAUGAGCUGCUGGCACCUAGCUCGGAGCCGGGAGUAACAUGCAGGGGUGUCCCUAAUAGUGUAUCUAUAUGAGUAUAUAUAUAUAGUCCAUAUAUAUGAAAACCCAUUAAUUAAUACAUUUAACUUUAUUUUUUUUUAGGUUCACUUGCUUUUGCUUUUUCUAUAUGUAUGGAGAGAUUAGCUAGUGGGUCUGAGGGAAAUUGCACCAUAGGGCUAAUAGGGGUGUGUCUUAAUUAGGGUACUUGUAUAUGUAAUAGGACUUAUAUAGAGAAACACAGUGCAUGCUGUAUCAUUUGAAAUUUAAGAUGUCAAUAAUAUUUUUAAGUUGCAUUUGUGAGUA